ACGAUAUUGUGAGUACGUGUGAGCCGGUGUCAUGUUAAAACAAUUAUGACACGGUCACACUGUUCUUCUCUUUGUUCGGUUUGCUCUGAAAAUUGUGUAUUCAAAUAUAAUUGUACAAUGAACAGAUUUCUAAUUUUGUAAAAUAUAAAUUUGUAAUCAUUGCACGACAGCAAAUACAUUUGAGCACCUAGUUAACUAUUGAUCAAACUGUUCUGAUAAAGCUUUCGGCAAUGUGUAAUAUUUGUACAUAUAGAUGUACAUGUACUUUAACUAAAUUCAGUGUUAACAAUAUUCCUAAAGUUUUGCCGUUAAGGUAUUAUUAUAUUAAAUUUUGUAUACAAUUUGGUAUACAAAAUUGAUAAAAUCUUUAAGUAGGGGUGCCGAGAUUAUUUUAUGUUACUUUUUUCAUAUGUAUAAGAGCCUAAAUAUAUAAAACUUCGAUACUAUUAACAUAAAAAAAAAUAAAAUAAAAACAAACGUGUUCGGAAAGUUAAAUUUUUUUAUUUGGACACAUUAAUGGGAUAAUUUUAUAAAAGAGAUUGCAUAAAAUAUUGCGGCAAUAUCAUAAUAAGGCAAAACUUUGUUAUUAAACACAUCAAAUAUUUCUGUAUCCUGGGAAAAUAAAUAACAUAAAAUGUAAUAAGCUAAAGUUCUAAUUUAAAUCGAUCGAAAUAAAAUCGACUUUAUAACUAAAAUAACCAAAGUGGGGUCGCACUAUGGUCGGUUCUCAAGAAAAAAAAAAAAAUCAUAUCGAAUUAUCUGGAACAGCCGCGAUAAACAAAAAUAGCGUAUAUACAGCUGAAAAUAAUCUAAACACAACUCCUCUGGAAAACCUUAAAAUUUCAAAAGCACUUUCACCUCCUUCAUCACUACCUCAGAUUAAAAUUCCGAUGAUUAACCAAAAUUCCACACAUACUGGUAUCGCUCAAACUAAUCUUGAAAAGUCAAGCCGUCAUUCAUACCGGGGCAGUGGACUGCAAUAUUUCAGCAGUAGCUUUGAACCACCGGCAAUGCUUGAUGAUAAUAAUGAAGACUUGCCCAAACAGCCAUCAAAUAAUAUUGCCAAUUAUCCUGGAGAUGUUCAAAUUUUACCCAUGUUCGAUUGCUGCCGUUCGGAGUCUAUUCAAGCAGUAUCGUUGCCUAAUGUAACAUCAACUUCAAAGAAAACAGAUGUUCCUGGGUUGUAUUUAAGUACGAUUUCAGAAAGUUCUAAAUCAAAAUUGGAACCCGAAUGUAAACCGCUAGUUUUAGUCAAAGAAUCUUCAGUAAUGGAAAACCACACCUUUUUAUUUCACGAGCAAAUUAUCAUGUCUGGCCAAGAAAAAUGCGAAUUACACGAGAAACCAAAGGUACUGGUCGUUUCCCCACAACAAGUAAUGAUUUUAUAUAUGAAUAAAUUAACCCCCUACGAACGAACAGAAAUACUAACUUAUCCGCAGAUAUAUUUUAUUGGCGCCAACGCGAAGAAGCGCCCUGGGGUCUAUGGCCCAAAUAAUUCUGAAUACGACAAUGAACAAGGCGCUUACAUUCAUGUACCGCAUGAUCACGUGGCAUAUCGGUAUGAAAUGCUAAAGAUAAUCGGAAAAGGUAGCUUUGGGCAGGUUAUUAAAGCGUAUGAUCAUAAAACUCACGAGCAUGUUGCCUUAAAAAUAGUGCGCAAUGAAAAACGGUUUCACCGUCAGGCCCAAGAGGAAAUUCGCAUUCUUCAUCAUUUACGCCGUCACGAUAAAUAUAAUACUAUGAACAUCAUACACAUGUUUGAUUACUUUACUUUCCGCAAUCAUACCUGUAUUACAUUUGAGCUGCUCAGCAUUAAUCUUUACGAAUUAAUUAAAAAAAAUGGAUUUAAAGGCUUCAGUUUGCAACUGGUACGAAAGUUUGCACACUCUUUGCUACAAUGUUUGGAUGCACUUUAUAAAAAUGACAUCAUUCAUUGCGAUAUGAAACCAGAAAAUGUGCUACUGAAGCAACAAGGACGUUCUGGUAUAAAGGUAAUUGACUUUGGGUCGUCAUGCUUUGAAAACCAGCGUAUAUACACAUAUAUCCAGUCACGUUUUUAUCGCGCUCCAGAGGUAAUUUUGGGGGCAAAAUAUGGCAGAGCUAUCGACAUGUGGUCGUUGGGUUGUAUUUUAGCAGAGCUGCUUUCAGGGCAUGCAUUGUUUCCUGGUGAAAACGAAAGCGAUCAGUUGGCUUGCAUUAUUGAAGUUUUAGGAAUGCCCAACAAAAAUAUACUAGCCAGCUCGAAGAGGUCAAAAUCGUUUUUCAGCCCAAAGGGUUAUCCUCGAUAUUGUACGGUUCGAACAAUGUCUGAUGGAAUGGUGGUCCUAAUCGGCGGACAGUCACGUCGUGGCAAACAAAGGGGCCCGCCAUGCUCAAAAAGUCUAUCCAAAGCACUGGAUGGAUGCAAAGAUCCCCUCUUUCUUAAUUUUAUACGUGGUUGCCUUGAAUGGGAUGCAGAUAAGCGAUUAACUCCUUCCGAGGCUCUAAAACAUCCAUGGCUUCGCCGUCGCUUACCGAGACCGCCAAGUAGCUCAAGUGGUUGUGGUGGGGUGAGUGGCUUAAGUGUUAGUAGGAACGAAUCCCCAGUUACAGGACAAAAUAGGAACUUUGCAGCCGAAAUAACUACAUCAUCAACGUCUGCCACAUCUAUAUCUUUAACGAUUAAAAGGGAUAACAGUCAUUCCAGUCUUCGUAUUCACCAUGGUGGUGUUCCAGAAACAGACUUCAAACUUAUAAAGUCCGUUCCAGAAGGAUCAUCAACCGCAACUAUAGAACCAAUGAUGAACACUGAUAUUCUAGUAGAAAGUUUUAGACAAACAACAGUUGUAUCACCACGUAUACCAUCAAUGCAUUCUGCUGACUCCGGCGGAAUAAGUUGUCUUAGCGCAGUGGAUGUCGGGCCUUCGAGAUAUUAUCCGUAUAUGAAUAACAAUGAAAAUAACAGAUUAUUCUCAGGCUCGUUAAACAGCUCGGCAAACUCAUUGACACAUUUGGAACAAGCCACAAACUUAGAUGCUGUGGGAGAAUACUCGGCGUCAACCACACAAAAUUUACUAUCGAAAAAUAAUGGCUACGCGUUUAACUCAUGUUCUAUGACCAUAGAUGUUGCACAAGAGUCUUUGGUUAAUAUAGCUAGCAAUUACGCCUUGGAUAAAUCUAACGACAUUAUUGGAAAAUCAAAUGGUUCGCUUCAUUCGAAUAAAUUAAAAGUACAAUCAAAAGAUAUGUAGCUAAUUUAUGACCAUAUGCAAUAAGCCAUUUAAGAGAUUAGAAGAAGAACUUUAUGUUAUCAAAUUAUUGGACAAUGCACUGCCAUACAAGUGAUAAACUAAAUAAGUUUUGGCCGUGAUUUGCAUUGCGAUGGUAUUGACAUGAAAUCAAACAUAGACAAAAAGGAUCUCACAAAGUUAAAUUAAAAUUAAUCCAUUUUAAUUAUAACAAAAAAGCUUUGUUUGGCUAGCCUAAUAUUAUAUAACCUUGCAGUUAAUACCAUGUUUUAAUUAUAAAAGAUAUGUUUUUCAUGUUUUUCGAAUCAAUGCUAUUGCAGCUAUAUCUAUGUUAUAGUCGUAAAUUCUUUAUAUAAUUUAAAUCGUAUUUCUAAAAUUCUUAAAAGAAGAAUAUAGAAAAAGAUAUGAAAUAAUAAUAUCAUCAAAUUUUUUUAUAUUUUGUAUGUAAUAAUUCCGAAAUUUUAAACCUUGCUCUUUGUCAAGUUUUAUAUUAUUUAUUUAACAAUUUAGAAUAUUCUAAACAGCCCUCUUUGCCUAGAUAGAAAGUGCAAAAAUGAUGUUUUGUUCGGCAAGCUAUAUAUAUACAUAUAUGCCCUUGCAUUUAAUACCACCUUUUAAUUAUAAAAAGUGGUACGGUUUUAAUAGUGUUACUGAGAAUUUUCAAAUCAGUCCGAUUCGCUUGGGUAGAAAAAAUUAUAAAAAAUUCUAUCCUGCAACAGAAAGAAGACCUAUUGGAAAAGUUGCGUAGACAUGGAUGGGCGGUCGAACAGACGGAAUAAGAAUAUAUAUGUGUAUACUUUAUGUGAAAACUUUCACUGCGUGCAAGAUGAUUAGAAGUAUAUUAUUAUCUUCUACAUUAUUAUCUAACAUCAGUAUACCCGAAUAAUAUAUUCGAAUAAGGCUUACUAAAAAUGUUAGGAAAUUUUUUUAAAGUCGCGAAGUUAUUGAUUAAAAAACCCAAUACUAGAUUGUACACUCUCUUAUAUUUUAUGAAACCGUAAUCAAAUUUCGUUGAAUACUGGACUUCUGUGAGACUCCCAAAUAUUGUUUAUUUUGCUUAAUAUGUAUACAUAUUAUAGAUUUAAAACUUUAUACGCAUUUUUUAAGAAAUCGUGUAACUCUUAUGUUGUAUAAGCUUUUACGUCAAAAUAAUAGCGAAAAAUCUAAAAUUUC